AUUCUACUGGUUCAUCCACAUGAAGCGACGAUCUUUUCAUCAAUCACUGAGCAGUCAGGCUGUGGGUAUGGCCAGCGCACAGUAUGCAGUUCUGCUCCUGACUUUAGCUAUAGCAGUGCAGGAGUGUAAUGGGAUACCACAAAGAACCAGGUGCACUUCACAACCACCAUGUUUUGACCUACUAAUUGUCGAGAGAAUGGCCCAGCGUGUCAGCAAGGAUGUGCCAGGUGCAGACAGUGACAACAUUUUAUUAAAGAGCAAAACGUAUGAUAAAAUUCGCCAAAAGAAGUACCUCCACAGUUGUGUCCUAGAAAAAAUAUUUGAAUUCUAUGAGAAUGUCCUAUCCAGUGACCAGUAUAUUCAAAACGAUGGUCUUGAACUGAUCUACACCUUGGACAGAGUGAGAAAUUGCACUUAUAAAGUGAAGAGAUGCGAGAUGUUGUAUCAAAAGGCUAACCACCAAGCCGACUUAGAGAUUGCCGAAUCGGAUAUGAGUGCACAGGAGGUGGCCAUCGUUCAGCUACAAAAACUUAACCACGCUAGUGAAAGAGUGAGUAUGAGAAUAGUCUUUGAUGGUUUGUAAGCUGGUACUAUUACGUAGAUGUCUUGUACUUUACUGUCAUUUCUAUACUGAUCCUACUCACUCAUGUUGCCCUCUCUCUCCCUCCCGCACCCCCCUUCUCUCUAACGCGCGCACACACACACACACACACACACACACACACAGUUAAAUGACACAACCAUCCUAGAGACAGCCAUGGAUGAACUGAAGUCUCUUCAUCACUACAUCCCUGGAAGUGCCUUCCUAAAAACUAAUGGCUGAAUAACAUCCCAGUAGACUCCACAUCCAGACAUGUGAGCUUGUGAUUGAUGCCGUGCCUAGACAGGUCCAAAAAUCUAUAGUGAUGGUGACUAAUUGAAUGCAAUUAUACAUUCUAUAGAGCAUUUCUAUAUUGGAAAAUAUAUUUUUAAUAUGUGAGAUAUUUUUAAUAAAAUAAGCUUUUCUCUCUCUCUCUUUUUUUUUUUACAUGCCUUAACAUACAGUUGUAAUCAAAAUUAUUCAACCCCCAUUGCAAAUCAGGCUUAUUGUCACAAUUUACAGACUUUCAGUUGUUUGCAAUGAACAAAUCAAACAAAAGCAAUUGAAAUAGUUCAACACAACGAAUGCUUCAAGUGGUUUCCCCAAAUUCAACUAAAAAUGCAACUUAUAAUGAUUUCUCCAGUUUCAAAAUGAUUCAAGCCCCUGAAUAGAAUCGCUCACAACAGCACAAAUAUGCAAAACAGGCGGUGUCUCAAGCACACCUGAUACAACCAAUCAAGGGCUUCAUUAGUUACACCAGGUGUGCUUGAGCUGGAGCACAUGAAAUACAUGUCUUUGCAAUGGGGGUUGAAUCAUUUUGAUUGCAACUGUAUAUUCGUCUCUAAUUUAGUACAAUGCUUUUCACCAUUU